CGAAGAGUCUGAAGUUAAAAGAGGGACACUAGGCAAACGCUGGAUGUGUUUUGAUGUAUUUUUAAAGUCGUGUCGAAGUCAAAAAUGCGCCACGUUUAACACUUGUACGGUGUUACAGCAGAAGGAUAACGUCAUUCUUUUGGGGAAAAGUCAUACAAUGGAAUGUGUGUCAGCGUAGUUGAUCCCCUGCAUGCAGUGGUCUGAAGAGCUUGUGCCGGAGAGGAGCAGCAAGCAUGGAUGUGGAAGACUUUCCUCCCCCACCUCCUGAAAUGUUGGCAGACAGCGUCCCUUUGGCAGAUGACGAUGAGGGAGAAGCCUUCGACUUUGAUGACAGCGGCGAUGACGUCCCUGAAGCUGACCGCUCACCCCCUGUACCUCCAGCUCCUCCAGCCCCCAGCAGCAAGGAUCAGAGCCAGGACAGCCUGGUGGCCAGUCAUCCUGAGGGCCAUCUACCCAUCCCGGACCCCCCAGCGCCUACCCCCACAUCCGACACAGCUGCAUCAUCAGCGGUUGCCACAAGUGGAGCCACCGCGGCAGGUGGAGCAACAGAAGAAGGAAAGGGGACAUCUGCUGUUGAGGGGACAGAUGACAGAGAGACAGAUUUACCUCUACCUCCACCCCCUCCUCUUAAUGAUGAGGCAGAGGCAGAUCCUGGAAGAACAGGCAGUGAAGGCCAGGAUCCAUCCACUGAUGACCCUCACCCUCCGCAGGCCGUCCCCAGGACCUCCUCCCAGGGCAAAGUCAACCCCUACUCUGUGAUUGACAUCACCCCUCUCCAGCUGCAGCAGCUUGAGCAGCAGCAUGGCCCCUCCUCUUCAGCUUCCUCACCAAUGGAGCCCAAGGAACAAGAGGAAGACACUCAAGAUAUCAACACUAGCCCUGUUGGCAUCACUUCAGGAUACUCAGUCCCAGUGCCCUGUGGCUAUGCAACCCCCUCUGGUGUCCCACUCAUCACACCAACUUACACCACACCUGUCAUCAUUCGACACCUCUCCAUGGAUGAGGAUGUCACUGUGGUUGGGACCGGCAACACCUCUGCUGACAGUGUUUUCAGCGAAGAGUAUCCACCUAUUAGAGAAGAGGAUGCUUUGGCUAAAUGGGCAUCAGAUCCUGCCAACACUGCGUGGAUGGAAAAUCCAGAUGAGGUGAUUUAUGAUGACGUGCCCAGAGAGAACUCUGACUCCAACACAGAUCCAGAUGAGAUGAUCUAUGAUGAUGUGGAGCUUGGUGAGGAGGGUGGUUGCAACAGCUCCCUCGACAACGGAUGGAGCUCUAGCGAGUUUGAAAGCUAUGAUGAGGCCAGUGACGGGGAGGGUCGCCAUGAGAACGGCCUGCCCCACGCCUUCAUGAGAGGGAAGCCGCCCCAGAGGAAGACCCAUCUCUCUCAAGAUCUGACUCGCUUGAAAGAACACUAUGAGAAAAAGAUGAAAGAUCUAAUGGCAAAUACAGUGGGAACGGUAGAGCUGCAGCAGCUAAAACAGAAACACGAGCAGAAGAUGCAAAAGCUGGUGAAGGCAGCUAAGGAGGGGACCAAAGAUGGGCUCGAGAAAACAAAAGCUGCAGUGAAAAAAGGACGCUCUUUCAUCAAAACCAAGUCAUUCUGUCAAGAGAGGAAGUCAGCCUGUUUUGAGGAUGAGGAGUCUGAACUCUUCAUUGAGGUGGACUGUUUCAAUGUUGAGCCAGUGCUAAGUCCAGCCCCAGAGGGUCUUUCACAGCAACAGCUUGUGAGACGAUGUAUAUUGGGAUCCAUAUUGGAGAGUGAGAAGAAUUAUCUUGAUGCACUGAAGAGGAUACUAGAGCAAUACGAGAAGCCCCUGUCCCAGAUUGAGCCAAGGCUGCUGAGCGACAGGAAACUGAAGAUGACUUUCUAUCGUGUGCGUGAGAUCCUGCAGUGCCACUUCCUGUUCCAGAUUGCCCUGGCGAGCCGCGUGGCUGAGUGGGACAGCCUGGAGAUGAUUGGGGAUGUCUUUGUGGCAUCGUUCUCAAAGUCUAUGGUGCUGGACGCCUACAGUGAGUAUGUGAACAACUUCAGCAAUGCAAUGGCAGUGGUGAGGAAGACGUGCGCAUCCAAACCUGGCUUCCUGGACUUCCUCAAGCAUCGUCAAGAGAGCAGCACUGACAGGAUGACUUUGUAUGGCCUGAUGAUGAAACCUAUCCAGAGGUUCCCACAGUUCAUUCUGCUCCUUCAGGACAUGCUGAAGAACACACCAGUGGGUCAUGCAGACCGUCUGCCACUUCAGAUGGCCUUGACUGAACUGGAAACAUUGGCAGAGAAGCUCAAUGAAAAGAAGAGGGAAGCUGACCAGCGCUGUGAGAUCCGUCACAUUGCAAAGGCCAUGAAUGAACGCUACCUCAACAAGCUUCUGAGCAACGGCAGCCGCUACCUGAUUCGCUCAGACGACAUGGUAGAGACAGUCUACAACGAGCGUGGUGAAAUCAUCAAAACCAAGGAGCGGCGUCUCUUCCUGCUCAAUGAUGUACUCAUGUGUGCCACACCCAAUAUCCGAUGUCAGGAUGGCAGUGGGAGCGGGAGUGGAAAUGCUCCACUGGACCAGAAGUUCCUUCUAAAGUGGAGCGUGCCUCUGAGCUUUGUGGAGGUGCUAGAGUUCGGAUCAAGUGAGGACAUGGCUGACAAUAGCCGCUACCCAACACCCCAUUCUGGGGAGAAGGUGGUCAUCAACGCUAAGCCAAACAAGCUGUACAUGGGCCCGGGUCAGCUGUACCAAGAUCUGCAGAACCUGAUUCAUGACCUCAGCCUGGUCAACCAGAUCUCCAGCAUGAUCGGCAGCCUCAAAGGAAACUACCAGAAUGUAAACCCCACAGUGGCCCAGGACUGGGUAUCAGGUCUCCAGAGGCUGAUACUAAAGAAGGAGGAGGAGAUCAGGGCAGCUGACCGGUGUAGGAUCCAACUCCAGCUGCCUGGCAAACAAGACAAGUCGGGUAAACCCACUUACUUCAGUGCAGUGUUCAAUACUCUCAGCCCAGCCAUCAAACAGUCAUGGAUCAGUAACUUGCAGAUGGCUAAACUGGCUCUAGAGGAGGACAACCUGCAGGGCUGGUUCUUUACAGAGGAUGAUGCAAAUCAGAUCAAAAAGCAGAAACAUCCUCUCUUGCUUCGACAAAUGCCUGUGGUCAUGUCAAAACUACAGGAGUUCAAGGUGGAGUGUGCUGUUCAUAACCCAGAGCCCCACAUCAACACAGAGAGCACAGCAGACACUCCCAUCGUGGGCCAUGGAUGUGUCUGGGUUGCAAGUUGCACUAAUCAGAUGGGCCAGAUAGCCAUUGUGGCCAUGCAGAAUUCCAGCCCUAAGGUGACUGAGUGUUUCAAUGUGGAAUCCCGUAUCCUCUGCAUGGCGUAUGUCCCAGCUGAGCAACCCCAGGAAAAUGGCGAGAAGGUUCCCGAAAACAACCACGUCCCCCCAGCAAAGGCCAGUGAUACUCCCAGUGUCUGCCUGGGCAUGGAGGAGGGCAGCAUCAUUGUGUAUAAGAGCAGCCAACGAACCAAGAAAGUCCGUCUGCAGCAUUUCUUCACACCAGACAAGUCCACUGUCACCAGCCUGGUCUAUAAGAAGCACUGUCUGUACGCCGGCCUGGUCAGUGGCUCUGUGGCCAUCUACUCCAGAUCACAAGAUGGUUUGUGGAACUGUGACAAGCCCAAGGUGCUGAAACUGGGAGUCCUCCCAGUCAAGGCCAUGCUGGCAGUGGAGGAACACCUGUGGGCUUCAUCAGGUGGACAGGUCUUCAUCAUCAGCACCCACACACAUUCUGUGGAGAGGCAGCUGGAGGCCCACCAGGAAGAGGGCAUGGUGGUGUCACACAUGGUGGUGGCCGGUGUCGGAAUCUGGAUUGCCUUCAGCUCUGGUUCCACACUCCGCCUUUUCCACACAGAGACCCUGGAGCACCUGCAGGACAUUAACAUUGCUACACCUGUCCACAAUACACUGCCUGGGAACCAAAGAGUGUCAGUGAGCAGUCUGCUGGUCUGUCAUGGUCUGCUUCUGGUAGGGACCAACCUGGGGGUGACUGUGGCUCUCUCUGUCCCCAGACUGCAGGGGAUCCCCAAGGUCACAGGACGGGGCAUGGUGUCCUUACACGCUCACUGCGGACCAGUCAAGUUCCUCACUGUGGCUGCUGCAGUGUGUAACCGGCCCUCUGGCCUGCCCUCCUCCACCCCUCCCACCUCGGUCCAGCCAACAGACACAGAGGAUGUGGAGAGCACCCAGCUGCCCUCAGAUUCAGCCCUGACUCCUCCUCAGGGACGAGGCGUGUGGUUGGGGGAGGCAGGCUGCACCACCAUGGCUCUCCAGGACUCCGUGUCCUCCUCAUCCUGCGGCUCACUAGCUCCAUCCCAGGGCUCCUUGGAGCACGGGCCCGAGGACGGGGCUCUUUAUGACAUGCUCCAUGACCCGGCCCACCACCAGAGGGGCCGCCGCUCAAGCAAGGUGGACGUCAGCUCUCUGCUGGUGGUGUCCGGAGGUUUGGGUCACCGCAGGGUGAACAAAAAGACCAAACAGUCUCGCCAUGAGGACACCACCUCCACUAUCAUGAUCUGGCAGAUUCCCCUACUUAACAUGUGACACCAAAAACACCUUGAUAGGUUAAAACAGAAGUGCUACACACAAUUCACACAAGGAGAUCUGGUGUUACACUUCACAGAAUAUUUGAGAUGAAUCAAAAACAACUAAAUGUGUUAUUUAAACCAGAACUGCAUCAAGCAUUAUUUCCACAAUGUUUCUAAUGAUGUCUCCUACCAUAAAAGAACGAAGGGUCGAUAAAACCACUCAAUCGUGAUGCUUGAUGGUGCAAACACCAGCCUACAGACCAGUCAAAGGAUAUACUGUACUUGUUAAGGAUGUAUUCAUUCGGAAACAAUGAAAGGUCUUUAAUUUCACCAUCCGAUAAAGUUGAUGGUUGUUCUGUAACAUGGUUAAUACAUUUCAUUACUCUCCAGUGUUUGUGCCAUACCAGUGGACUGUAUAGGACUGCAGUAUUUAAAUCAGUGUUGAAAAGAAACAAAAUUGUCUUGCUUGAAAGGCGUGUAAGGUAACGACUGGGCUUUGAAACUGUUACAUAAACGUUUCUUGUAAGAUUAGGAUUAGGUUUUUGCCGGACUUUAGAUCAUCUGUCAAGGCCAGAGUUGUAAAUAUGAAGUAUGACAACUCAGGAUUACAUGUGUUGGAGUUUAGGGGUCAGAGUUUAUAUGGAAUCAGAUCCUUUUACUAUUGGACCAGCUUGUGCAGUGCUCCAACUAUUUUGUUAACAGAGCAAAGGGAUAAAAAAUGUCAAUGACUGAAUUAGUUUGAGAAGGCUUGAGGAGAAUCCCUGGCUGGCCAGGUUUCUAUUCAUAAAGGGAAGAAAGAGUUGUUAUCACCACAAGAGGUUUUUUUUUUUUUUUUCCCCUAAUGCAUCUUUGUUUCACACAUAACGAUAUUUAAAAGAAAAAAGACAAAAAGCUUUAUACAUUUGUCACAUUUUGUCUGUACGUCUGUUAUGUAUUUUAAC